CCUAUAACCUCUGCACAACCUUCCUAUUUACAUCCUGACACUUGUUUGAAUGGUUACAAAUAUGUCAAAUAGUGUUAUCUCUCACUGAUUAUUUUCCAUUGUAAUAUUUCAUUGUUUUUAGUUUAGUUGUGGAUUGAAAAUACUUCAUGUUUAGAAGCAAUUCCUUCAUAACUAGAGAAAUGAGAUCUAAGAGACGUAAAACGCUCUUAACUGUUAUUUUAUUAGGGUUUCUAAUUUCUAUUUUUCUUUUUGGUUACUUAGCUUUUGGAGAAGACCAAACUGGACAUCCAACUUUGGUGCAGCUCCACAUUCUCUUCAGACACGGAGAAAGAACCCCAUCAUCAAAAUAUCCUACUGAUCGACACAGUGACUUUAUUUGGCCUGAUGGACCUGGUGCAUUAACUAAUAAAGGAAAACAAAGCAUGUACAACUUCGGUAAAACUCUUAGACAGCGGUAUGGCAGAUUUUUAAGUGAAUACUAUUCUCCUGAUGAACUGUCCGUUGUCAGUAGUUAUGCUCCUAGGUGUCAAAUGAGUGCAAUGACUUUGUUAGCUGGCCUUUAUCCUCCUAUGGGUAAACAAGUAUGGAAUAAAGAUUUGUUAUGGCAACCAAUUCCCGUGAAUCCUAUUCCUAGACAUAUUGAUAAUUUGAUCACAGCUAAAGCAUCCUGCAUGGCUUUUGAUGUUGAGAAGAAAAAAUCUGAUAAAGAACUUCUUAAUAAUUUGACUGAAAGCGAUAACAAAAUUUUCAGUUAUUUAUCUCAAAAAACUAAUUCAUUUAUUGAAAAUAUUGAGCAAGUGGAACAACUUUACAGCAUCUUAAAAAUAGAAGAUGAAAAUGGACUUGUUAUUCCGGAGUGGACAAAAUCUGUAUUUCCUGAACCAAUGAAAACUUUUACACAAAUGAAUCUUGAAAGCUACUCCAGAACACCGAAGUUGAAAAGGUUACAAGGAGGACCUUUGCUGAAGGAAUGGUUGAAAAAUAUUGAAGCAAGUAGAAAAAAAAUUCAUCUUUAUUCUGGGCAUGACCUAACUCUUGUCACUCUAUUAAGAACUAUUGGCGUAUCUACUGCAGGCAUUACUACUCCUCCCGACUAUGGUGCUAGUUUUAUUUUAGAAGUACAUCACAUUUCUGACAAAAGAAUUCUGAAGGCAUUCUAUUUCAAUUCAAACAAAGAUUCUGAACCAAUAACUCUCUUGCUGCCAAAUUGUGAACCAAUGUGUACUGUAGAAUCGCUAAAGGAAACAUUGAAAUCAUUUAUUCCAGAUGAUUGGGACCAUGAAUGUUUUGCUCAAACUGUUUAAAACCAAGUAGAUCUAUACGUAUAUACAUCAAACAAAUGUAAAGUACCUUUUAAUGACUAGAAUCUUCCAUUGAUCUUCCAUAACUAAAUUUUAUGGAUAAGAAUGAAAAAAAAUUAGCAGAUGAAUUUCUUAUAAAAGUGUGUAUCUGUUGUAUAAUACAAGACCAUCCAAUAACGAAAUUACUUUCUCGUUAUGAUAUAUUUAAAAUUGAUAAGAAUCUUUGUAUGAUUUUAAAUACCAAAAAUAUCAUUGCUUCAAUUUUCUCAUUGUUAAAAUUUUAUUAUUGACUAUAAAACAAAUAUCAGUUUAAAUUAAAAAUUGGAUUUGGUUGUUGUAUGUUGUUAAACAUUUUAGUAUUAAAAUGUACCACUGGUAAUUAUAAUUUUAACUUUAGGAUUUUUUUUAUUACACAAAGAUAACCUAGGCAUAUAAAUUGAAAUAUUUUGCUUUGAUUUCAACUGUCAAUUUCGAUCGUUUUCCUGCUACUGUAAUUUACAGUAUAUUGUGUAAAUAAUUGUGUUUAUUGUAUUCAAUUAUGUAAUUGUUAAUUUGAGACAUUUGUUACAUUUGAGAUUGUUAUUGUUACUGUAUGAUUUGUUUGUUACUGUAUUAUAAUUGCUAUACUAAAUAUUUUUUAUAUUGUUGAUUUUAUUUUUUCAUAUACAAUGUAUUUGUGAUUUCUUGAUUCCGUCAAAAUUAAUAUUUUUUUAUAAUUUUGUUUGUUGUUAGAUUAUUGAGAUCUUUUACUCCAGAGGAGUACUACUGUUUGUCCAUGUAUUUAAUAUCUUUCAGUAUAUGAUGAAACAUGUAUAAUAUAAUUUAUUGUAAAAAUACUUUGUAAUAAUAGUUUUAUAAUUUUUCAAGAUAUCUGCUCAGUUAGUUUAUUUACUUGUUUAACUAUAUGAAAGAGUAGGAAAUUAAUGUACCUGUUCAUCAAGCCAAAUAUUUAUAUUCAGGGUAUUUUCUAUUACAAAUUUGAUGAAGUUUACGAAUAUUUGCAUUCCCACCAGAAAAGACCAAAAAUUUAUGAUAUUAUGUUAAAAACAUAAAUUAUUUUAUUAGAGAAAUUCUUUUAUAAUAUAAUAUUUCAUAAAUAUAUAUAUAUUAUAAUUAUUUUAUUAGAAGCAUUUCUCUGUCUGAAUUUGUUUGUUUGAUUAUAUUUAUUUCAUCUGAAGCUUUUUUUAUUUCUAUUAGUUCCUUGUUAUUCUUUGGAAAUGUAUGUCAUUUAAUAUUCUAACAUUCUAAAUAUUCUAUUGUAGAUUGUUUCGCAAUAGAAAAAAUCUGGAGAAUCUCUGUGUGUGCAUAUCAACAGCCUAGCUCAAAAACGUAAGCCUAGAAAGUCUUACGAAACUGAAAUUGCGUAUUUAAGGUUUGUAUAUGUUCAGAUGUAACACCAACAUUUUCAUCAAAAUUGGCUAACCAAAAGUGGCACUUCAUAUCAUCGAUGUAACACAUUUUUAUGAUUUUCUCAAAAACAGAUCUAACGAUUUUGCUUAAACUCGGUGUAUCAACGUAUAAUUAAGUAGUCUUUAAUAUUAUUUAGGUCAUAUCUCUAUUGAUGUCACUUAAUAGGGCUUAAAUGCCAGGUGUUCAAAUUGUCUUUCUCUAAAGUACCUUUAAUUUGAUUUAUUUUAAAUAAUUAACUAUCUCUCAUUGUUAAAACUUAUGAAAAAAGGCUAAAUAUAACUUUUGAAAGAAUUUGAUAAUUAAAUAAAGGAGAAAAAAAGAAAAAUGCUUAUCCUGGUUUCAAAUAAAUCUCUGGAAAUAAUAGUCAGAAGAUAUACAUAUAAUAUAUCGUUGGAAAGUGGAGAAUUUUAGAAAAAAAAUAAUAUCUAAUAAAUAAAGUUAUAAAAGGUAACGGAGAGUGAUGAAUGAAAUAUAAAUAAUAAUUUCUGAAAACUAACAUUAUUUAACAUAAAUUAUGUUUCCAAGUAAUUUAAAUGAAAUAUUCUUACUAAAUAUAAACAUUUAAAUUUUUUUCAAGAUUGAAAAAAUUAUUUCAAAUCCACCGCAUCGAGGCAAUGAAAUUGUUAAAAAUACUAUUUAAUUGUACUUGUGUGAAAUAUAAAAAUAUUCCAUAGAUAUGUUUAUAACCUUAAAUACAUUUACUGUAGUUUAAUAACUCUAGAUCUGAUAUUAUAUUUACAUAAUUAGGUAUCUAUUGUCCGUUUGUUCCGAAAAAUCAUGUAAUUUUUUAGAAAAUUAAAUUAGUGAAUAUUUUUAUGAACUUUUCCUUUGUGAUAUCCCAACAGUAUCCACUUGCAAUUAGUGUGAAAACUUUUGACCUAUCUGUGACAUGCAAUGCAAAUCUCAUAAUUCCAUGUUAGUAAACUUCGCAAUAGAAAAUAACUAUUUAAUAACUAAUAGUUGUAAAAUCCGUAAUCAACUGAUAUCUUAAAUAGGAUUUUUGUUAUUUUAAUGAUUUGUUAGCUGUAAGCAUUUAGCUUUAGCUCGGUAAAAAAUGCGCUUCAAAAAUUUUAUAGU